UCAGAGAAUAUGCUGCCAAAAAUAGCCUUUGUGCUGCUAAUGUCCUUGAACUUGGAUCAGUCCUUUGCUACAUUUACAGGCAUGAAAGGACCACCACCCAACAUAAAGGCACAGUUCUUCAUUCCCCACACAAUGAACAGUAAAGGUAUACCAGUAAGAAAAGAGCAAGGUAUUCCUGGUCCACCAGGCCCUGCUGGACCUCGAGGCCUCCCAGGUCCUUCUGGACCACCAGGAAAACCAGGCUACGGAAGUCCUGGACUCCAAGGAGAGCCAGGGUUGCCAGGACCACCUGGACCAUCGACCAUUGGGAAGCCAGGUUUGCCGGGACUCCCAGGAAAACCAGGGGAGAGAGGACCAUAUGGACCAAAAGGAGAUAUUGGACCAGCUGGCUUACCAGGACCACGGGGCCCACCAGGACCACCUGGAAUCCCUGGCCCAGCUGGACUUUCUGUGCCGGGAAAACCUGGACAACAGGGACCUACAGGAGCCCAGGGCCCCAGGGGCUAUCCUGGAGAAAAGGGCGCACCAGGAGUCCCUGGUGUGAAUGGACAGAAAGGGGAAAUGGGGUAUGGCGCUCCUGGCCGCCCAGGUGAGAGGGGCCUGCCGGGCCCUCAGGGUUCCAUGGGACCACCUGGUCCUCCUGGAGUAGGAAAAAGAGGUGAAAAUGGGUUUCCAGGACAGCCAGGUAUCAAAGGUGAUCGGGGUAUUCCAGGAGAAAGGGGAUCAACUGGGCUACCAGGUCCCCGAGGUCCUCCUGGGGAACGAGGACCAGAAUGCAUUGGAAAGCCAGGAGCUCCUGGAGCCCCAGGCCAGCCAGGGAUUCCAGGAACAAAAGGUCUCCCUGGGGCUCCAGGAAUAGCUGGGCCCCCAGGGGCUCCUGGCUUUGGGAAACCAGGCUUGCCAGGCCUGAAGGGACAAAGAGGACCUGCCGGCCUUCCAGGGGCUCCAGGUGCCAAAGGGGAACAAGGCCCAGCGGGUCAUCCUGGGGAGCCAGGUCUGACUGGACCCCCUGGAAAUAUGGGACCCCAAGGACCAAAGGGCAUCCCGGGCAACCACGGUUUCCCAGGCCCUAAAGGUGAGACAGGGCCGGUUGGGCCUGCAGGAUACCCUGGAGCUAAGGGAGAAAGGGGCUCCCCUGGGUUGGAUGGAAAACCAGGGUAUCCAGGAGAACCAGGUCUCCAUGGCCCUAAGGGUAACCCAGGGUUACCAGGCCCAAAAGGUGACCCUGGAGUUGGAGGACCUCCUGGUGUCCCAGGCCCUAUGGGCCCAGCAGGAGCUAAGGGAGUGCCUGGACACAAUGGUGAGGCUGGUCCAAGAGGCACCCCUGGAAUACCAGGUACCAGAGGCCCCAUUGGGCCACCAGGCAUUCCAGGAUUCCCUGGAGCUAAAGGGGAUCCAGGAAACCCAGGUCCGCCUGGCCCAGCUGGCAUAGCAACUAAGGGCCUCAAUGGACCCACUGGGCCACCAGGGCCUCCAGGGCCAAGAGGCCACACUGGAGAGCCUGGCCUCCCAGGGCCCCCAGGGCCUCCAGGCCCACCAGGUCAAGCAGCCACGCCCGAGGGCUUUAUAAAGGCAGGCCAAAGGCAGAGUCUUUCUGGGAUGCCUCUUACUAGCGCCAAUCAGGGAGUAACAGGAAUGCCUGUGUCUGCUUUUACUGUUACUCUCUCUAAAGCUUACCCAGCAGUAGGUACUCCCAUCCCAUUUGAUAAGAUUUUGUAUAAUGGGCAACAGCAUUAUGACCCAAGAACUGGAAUCUUUACCUGUAGGAUACCAGGAAUAUACUAUUUCUCCUACCACGUGCAUGUGAAAAGCACUCAUGCUUGGGUAGGCCUCUAUAAGAAUGGCACCCCCAUAAUGUAUACCUAUGAUGAAUAUUCCAAAGGCUACCUAGAUCAGGCUUCAGGAAGCGCCAUAAUCGAUCUCACAGAAAAUGACCAGGUGUGGCUCCAGCUGCCCAAUGCGGAGUUGAACGGCCUGUACUCCUCUGAGUAUGUCUACUCCUCUUUCUCAGGAUUCUUAGUGGCUCCCAUGUGAACACAUGCCCACUGAGCUAAUCUAAAUCUUCUGCUUGGAAAGGCAUUUCCCCAACCCCAU